AUGAGUCGAGCUAAAAAAUCGGAAUUCGAACAUUUAAUUAAUGCACUUGGAUAUGGAUGUCCUCCACAUGGUGGUAUUGCCUCUAUUCGUGAAGUAAUGGCAUUCCCGAAAGUCGCUUCAGGAGCAGACUUGAGCGUAUCGAGUCCUAGCGAACUUUCGAAAGAAAAAAUUAAAGAAUACAAUAUUGACGUUCUGGAAGAGAAGGACAGAGAGAUUAUUGAAGAU